AUGUAAUCUGGACAGCUCUUGAAUUUGUAAAGGCUUGAGAGAUAAUACUUACAGACACUUUCCUAGAAUGGAUGGGAAUCCCCUGUUGUCGUUAAUGCAGCAGUUGAUUUUGCAAAUACGUUGAUAAGAGAUGGAAGAUCUCUAUUAAAAUCUGGUAACAAUCCUUAAGCAGAAAUGUUCUUCAAUCGAGCAAAGGAAAUUACAACACCGAUUUCAAUCACUAGUGGAAUAUUUUAUACAGCCAAUUUUGUUCUUGCAAGAGGCAAUGCAAUAUUGCAGAUUGUCCAAUUGUAUGAGUAACAAAAUCAAUAUCAAAAAGCCUGGAUGAAUAUCAAGGAAGUAGUGCCUUUUAUGGAAAAGUUUGCUUAUACGAAAAGAGUAAAUAUUAGCGAGGAUGAUUAAAAUGUUUUAAAAUUGUAUGUCUAGUUACUGUUUCAUGGAUGCGAAGUCUGUAGAAUGAUGCAUAGAAAGGAUGAUAUGUUGGACUAAUGCAAUAAAUACGUCGAAAUCUUAUAGCGUUUAGGUAUCACUUUUGACUCUUUACGAAAUCUAACCAAGGACGAAUUUCAUUAAGAAUUCAAAAAAUGGUUUUUGAUGUUGGCAAAGGCUUUUUAUUAUAUUGGUAAAUCGUAAUUCAAGGUUGGAUUUGAGAAGGAAGCACUUCGUAAUCUCUAUAAAUCCUGGUAAAUAUCAGAGUUAAUCUAUGGGAUGGAUGCACCUGCUACGAUCAAAGCAAGGGAUAAAUAUGAGAAAUUGAGUUAGAAAAUGGAAUUUGAAAUGAUUAUGGGAAAAGAGAAGGUGGAUUUUCAAUAAUUCAAGGAAGAUUUACAAAAGGACGUUGGAUAAGAACUGCUCAAAAAAGUGGUUACACUGAAACCAAACAAAAAUUUUAAUCAUCAUAUCAUUCAAUAAGUUAAAUCGUAUCAGCAAAUAGUAGGACAAUUAACUUAACAUACAACCAAGUACUAGAUGCCAGAAUAUGUGAAGAAAGUCAGAAUAGAAUACGAGGAUAAAUUGAGAACCAUAUCAUUUCAAUAGAAAUUUGAUGACUCCAACAAUAAAUAGAAAUAAUACCAAAUCAAAAAUAAGAAGUCUUCAUCUAGAGCUGUCUCCACUUACAAUCAAUCUCUUCUACCUUAAGAUAGAUUGUUCUCUCCUAGAUUGUCCAAUGCUACCUAAUCUCAAAGAAGUAGUCUCUAUUAAUUGGAGAACCAUAUGGAUUAGUUAAAAUAACAAUUAUAAACAACAGAAUUGAAGAAGGAUACAGUUGAUGAUUUAUUGUUGUCUAGACCGUAGAUCAAAUCAGAAUAUGUGGUACAAAGAAAGAAGAAGAAUGAUAACAAAGAAACUGAAUCUGCUUAACAAAUUAAAAAUAUUAGCAAAAAGAAAUUUUUAUCAAAUAGAUUGAUCCCUCGUGUUUUAAAUAAAUAGAGUAGUCAACUAAUCCACAUUAAAUCUGACUCUCAAUAAAGUGAAUAAAAAAUACAUAAGUUGCAAACCAUUUAAGAUUUAAACUAAUAAUAGCAAAUGGAUGAUUUGCAUGUUCCCACUACUGAAUCCAUUUUGGCCUAAUAAUAGCAAUAGCAAAUCUAGUAGAUGCCUGUAAUUUAGAAUGUGCUAACUGAAGUUUCUGAAAAGAAUGACAAUCAUUUUGCAGACUUACUCAAUAAGUACACAAUGGAUUAGUUGAAUUUGGCAGCCACCAUCAUUUAGUCUUGUUAUAGGAGAUAUUCUAAAGGGAUAAAGAAGGUAUAAUCGAUAUAAACUAUUGAAUUAACACCUAUCAAUCUUCCUAGACCCAUUAAUGCAACAUAAAUUAGUGAGAAGAUUGAUAGCUAAUAGACAGGGAGGAAUCAAAUGAAAGUUUCAAUUAAAGAAAUGAAGAAUUCAGUUAGGAGAAGAAACUUUGGAUUUGAUUCCAUUGUUAAGGAAAUCAAAAAUACUGAUUCCGACUAAUCCAGUUCAAAUAAAGCGAAGACGGUAAUUUGGUCUCAAUUAUUAAAGAGUUCUACAAUUAACCAGAAUCGGAAUUGUACUUCUUAUCUAAGUUGUUCUUUGAUUCUGAAAUUAAGAUUUGGAAACUCUCCAAUAUUUGGGUCAGAGCCUUUAGUGAUGCCAACUCUCAAAAUCCGGAUACGGAGGAAGAAGAAGAAAUACAACAUGACAUAUCUGCUAGUGAAAUAUGUAUAUAUCUGUAGUAAACUUCAAUUAGAAAAUUAGUUACAAUACAUUAUGAAUAUAUUUGCAGAUGUUUAAUCAAUUAAAGCAUUACAAUUAAUUGUUUAUUUUAGAUUGUCAAAUGAUAAAUAAUAAUACACACUCAAUUUCAAAAUAAACAACUUUGCUAGUUAUUUGGAUGAAUACUAAAGGUGGUUUUCCAAAGAUAGACUACAAAACUUUAAUGGUUUAUUAAGUAUUUAUUGUAAAUAAUAAACACUGCAUCAGUCCAACAAAUAUCAUGCCAUCAUAUUUUCUGGUGCUGAAUAUGCCCAUGAAAUAGUGAGUAAACUGUUAUAUGCCUUAAAAAAUCAUUACUAUUUGAUCAGAUCAGUUGUUGGUUUCAAAAUAAUAUCAAUGAAGGAUGUAAUAUAACAUCAAUUACAACACGAUAUUAUUGACAUUAGAUCCUAUUAUAAAAACAAGUAGAUUGAAAAGGAGAACAAAAGAAGAAUGAUAUAAAGACAAUUCAAAAUAGAACCCAUCAAAAUCAUAGAACAUAAAACAGAAGAAUUGCCAACUAUUUCAUCAUCAUCCAGAAACAGAAAACAACAACUCUUCUCAGAUGAGAUUAAAUAAUCUCGAGAGCAAAGCAUUAUAAUUUAAGACUCAGAUGAUAAUAAAUCUGACCUUUCAAAAGGAGGUGUCACAUCUUAAUCCCCAACUGAAUAAAAACAAUUUUCUAAUAAUUUUAAAUCCAUUGAAAAUAUUUCAGAGAAAGAUUUUAUCUAAGAGAUCCCUCAGAGGAACCCUAAGAAAUAAUAUUCUGUAAUUCAUAAUAGAAACACAAUGGCUAGUCCUAGAUUUGAUUCUAUUAUCUCCUCAUAAGCUUUGAUUCGCAAUGCUGUACAAAGGAAAACACAUGUUAGCCACUUUUUGGAGUUUUCAAAGAAACAAAAACCAGAUGAAAUAAAAAAAGAAGAAUUUAAUUUCGAACCUCCCAUCUCAAAAUAAAGUCUCGAUGAGUAUAGCAGAGAUAGAUCACAAUCAGAUAUAUAAUUUCUUAAUGAUUAUCUACCUGAAUUCUAAUUUGCCAAUCUGGCUGACUUCGCAGAAUACCAACCACAGGAAGGCCCAAUCAUUUCAUUUAAAAAUUAGUUUAACUAUAAAUCUACCUACUUUCCCCCUAGAGGUCAAAUCAUUCAACCAGAACCCGAAUAAUUCCUCCCAGAAUAUCCCGAUUAAUUUAUAAUGCUCAAUGUAACAUUAAGGUAAGAUAAUUCUAUUAAAACUGGUUAUAUCCUUUAUGAAGAUGGUUCAACAUAUUUGGUAAUUGAUAAUCAAGACGGGAAUAUAAUUAAAUAAUUGAUUUAAAUAGAUCCUGGUAUCAGAUUGCCUAAUCGUCAAAAGAAGUUGUAAAUCUUGGAAUUAUUGAAAGAGAAAAAAAGUAGUUCAUAGAGAUUGACCUUAGCUCAGGAACUUAAAUAAUAUAAUUACAGACAUACUGAAAUUAUUUUAGAUAGGUAUAUCAAAAGAGUUAAUCAUUAUGAUGAAUUCAUACACAAUGAAAUCCAUUAAUACUUACGAACCAAUCAAGUUAUGCCUCCAACAGAAAUCAAAUGUCUUAAUUAUUCUGAAAAAAGAACUUCCCUAAUAUUAAUGCCGGAUUUGAAUAGGACUGAAACUGAAGAGGGCAUUCAAUUGACUAUUGAAACUGGGGUCAAUCAAUCCAAUGAAGAAGCAAUUGAUAGCAAAUCCUUUCUUACUUAUAGAUCUAAGUUCCAUAUAAACAACAAUAAAUUCUAUUAUUUUGAGGAGAAUCUAAAUUUUAAAGUUGAGACGUGCUUUCGAGAAGUCAAAAUUCUAGACACCAAACUCUUGUAUUUGAGUGAUUAAUAAGCAAAGUAAGAUUUACUUGUUCUCAAAAAGAACAUGCAUGAAUUGAUAAGAAAUUAGAAACUUUUGGUGAAGAUCACACUAUACAAUCCUAAUCAACAUUUAUAUUAUUUUCGUACGAUUCAAUCAAUUUAAGAUAUUGAGAAGAUGCUUCAUAUAUUCAUCAAACCAUAAUUGAUAGGGUAUUAAAUUAAAUCACAAGCCAAAUUGCAAAGGAAAUUAAUAGGGAGAGCUUUGUAAUUCAAUAGAUAGUUUGUUAGUUUGGAGGAUCGGAAUAGGGAUAAGUUUAGUGGUUUAGAUUAGUUUUUAUUGAUGUACAUAAUUGAUCCUUUGCAAUUCAUAAAUAAUGAAAAUCAUAGAUUAUUAAAAUAAACAAUCCUUUUUUAUUAUUUCAAGUAACAGUUGAAAUUGACUCUGAUAUCUUCAAGUCGUUUAAGGUAUUUCAUGAAAACCUACUUUCAUCGCAAAACCUUUAAUGCUCAAAGUAGAGUAAGCAAUAUAGGUAAGGUGUUUGUGGAAUGUGAAGUAUAUUAGUUUAACGAAUUUUACUGUGAUCAAUUAACUAAUGAUCACACCUACUUCUACUUUCAAAUUACUCCUUAGGAGAGCAGAACCAAGGUAUUUAAGUUGGUUUUGGACUUUGCUGACAUCAAAAGUAUUUGUAACAAAGUGACAUCACAUAAUUGUUUUUAAGACAAGGUGUUACGUGAAAUCAUUAAAAUAUUGACAGCUUAUUUAGUAUGUUAUAGAACCAACACUUAUCAUGGAAUCAAAAUACCAUUAUCUUAUAUUGCAAGUCAAUCCAAAUAUGAUCUUCACAAUACAUUCACGGAAGUAACAUAUGGAAGCAACAUUCUAGAAGAACAACAACAUGCUAGAUCUUCUCAUCCCAAAUUAUCUAUUUUAAUUAGUGAUCCUAUGCUUAGAAAAAAGUCUUAAGUUUAAAUCAUGGAUGUCUAAAUAGAUAAUUUAUAAAUGCCAGAAGAAGCUAACAAAGUCUUAAAAAAUACUACUAUGUUAACUCCCAUCUUUAGAGGAUAGAAAUUUAUAUAUAAAACAACCAAAAUUGUAAAUAACAUGUAUGUCAUCAUCACCAUAUCUUAUUUAUCUCUCAACAAAUUUCAAAUUGGAUUGUAUAUACCACAAACUUGUAGGAAUUUCAGUUGCUAUAUCUCAUCAAAUGAUUUUCAAAACAUGAAUCCAGUCUUCUUAGAAUCCAUAUUCCCUUCCUGUUUAGUGACCAAGGAAACUAUUGACCAAUUCUAUAUCAAUAGAUGGAAAUUCUCUGAAAUGAACAAAAUUUAUCAAAUGGCCAUCAAUCACCCAGAUGAGUUUGAAGACUUCUAUAGCGAAAUGCGAAGUCAGGCUAGAGCUAUUCCACAAUCUGAACUAUAAAAACUGACUGAGAGCAAGGUUUCCAUUAAUAACGAGGAUGAAUUCUUAGAUAAACCUUUGGAUGAUACUCCUAAAAUGCUUGAUUCCUUUAGUGAUCAAAGUAGAUAAAAUGCCAGAUCCUCAACCCAACCUCCUCUCUUUGUUAAAAAAUAAUUCUCCAAAUAGUUUUCGGUGCAAAACUCUAUCGGUCAAACAAGUAUGAGAUUGCCAUUGCCUACAUCAUAAUUUUAAUAGAAGACUGACAAGAGUAUUUUUUAUAGAAAUAGUCCUAGAGUAUCAAAUUAAGAUAGUAUUGAAAAUCUGUAUUCAAGUGAUAAGGAUUUAUUCUUUAAUUAGAUCCUUGUAAGAAAGAACAAUCUUGAUAUGAUUUCAACUUUCGAAAUUAAAAUAUGGGAAUCCCUUAUUGACAGAGUAAAAAUUACUAAGAAUCAAUAAAAUCGAUUUAUACUCAAUCUUGAUACAUUUAAAGGGGUUUUACGAGAGAAUUUAUAUACUUAAGUUGUUUAUUUGGGUAAUGAAGUUAAUGCCCUAUUUGAAGUAUUUGUUGAGAACAUUAGAAAACCCUUUAAUAUGUUGAAACCAUACAUACCCAUCAGAUUAAAUGAGAGUUAGAAUUUUUAAUUGUAUUAAAGAAUUACUCUCUUUGAACAACCUAAAAUAGUGAAUUUUAAACUAAUGUUGAGGAAGGUACUUUAUAGUUAUUAUAACGAUGAAAGGAGGAACCUUCAGAAUUUAAAAUUGAAUGAUUGUAGUGUGGAUCAAUAUGAAUUCAUAGAAUCUGAUAUCUAAAAGUGUUCAGUAUACAUGUUAAACAAAUUGAAAAAAUAACUUAAAUUGAAUCCCUCUAAAUUUAUCGUUUAAGAUGUGUAAGGAGAUGAGAAAUGUCCUUAAGUAAUUAAAGUGAAUGCCAAUUAUGAGUAAUAUUCCUCUUUCAAAUCUUAUUAAUACACGUUGUUAAAGAGAAUGGUAUUUACAAUGAGGCCUACUUAAAUCUACGAAAAGAGAAAAAGAUUUUGGUUAUAUUUUGAAAGUAUGAAAAAUUGUAAAAACACAACUGUUAAAUAUAAUUUAAAGGAAAUUCAGCAUUGCAUUCCUAAUGCCAUAGGUCUAUUAAAUUUGGGUCUACAUUAGGAAUUAGGAAAUAGAAUAUAUCGAAGCUUUAAAAACAGACUAUUAGUUUCCACACAUCAAUUAUUGUAAUGA